CAGACAGCAGAGUCCGCGGUGAGAGUUGCCCGAACAGACGCGGAGGCGCUGGCUCGACGAACUCUUCCGCCACGUGACUGCAUCUCGGAAGUAGUGGGAGUUGACGGCAGCGGCCUUCCGUUAAUUCGUCGACGGCAACUGCAUGGCCUGCGGUCAGGGAGCCCUCAGAAUCACGCCAGCGCCACUGGUGGGGACCUGGAGAUUGCCGCUGCUGGUGCUUCUCGCGUCAAACGUGCUGUUUCUGCAAGUCAUACAAGUGAAAAGCCUCGUCACAGGCAGCGAAUGGCUUCGGCCGCCAUCCCAGGAUGCAGCUGUGGUCGUGGGCCGACUGGGCGGCCGCGUAGAGCUGGCCUGCGGAGCGGCUGAGCCUCGCGGGGAGGUGGGCGACGACGAGCCUUCGCUGCUGCUCUGGUUCCACGAGUCGAGGCCAGCGACGCCAUUGUACAGCGUCGACGGGAGGCAGGCGGGCGGCCUGGCGGGCGCGCAGCACAGCAUGGCGGAUGUGUGGGCAGCGCGUGCCUACUUCAGCAGCGUGUCCCACUCUUUACGCCUGGAGCAGCUCUCGGCCGAGGACCAAGGUCGGUACCGGUGCCGCGUGGACUUCCGCAGAGGACGUACCAGAUCGUCAACCAUCGCGCUGGUCGUCAGAGUGUCACCGCACAACGUGAGCAUCACGGACGAGCUCGGCGCGGAGAUGCAGGGGACCGUGGGGCCCUUCAACGACGGUGACCCACUGGACCUCUUCUGCACUGCCCACGGACGCCCUCCUCCUUUACUAUCCUGGUGGCAAGAUGCUAGAAUGCUCAAGAACAAUGAGUCGGCAAGCACGGCUGAAGGGGAAGCCUCCGGGAGUGUUCUGCAUAUCGACUUUUUGCAGCGGAGUUAUCUCAUGGCUCGCAUAAUCUGCAAGGCCCGGAGUGGCGAAGACGAGGAAGAAGCGAGCAUCAUCCUUGAUAUGAAUUUGCGCCCUUUGAGGGUUGCCAUCGCUACACCGGGAACGGUCCUCGUCGCAGAGCGAGCGGCGCAUAUUCGCUGUGAUUCAUGGGGCUCGAGACCGGCCGCGAACCUGAGCUGGUGGAUGGGCAGCCGCAGUAUGACACGCAGUGUGGUCAACGUUGACGAGUCGAGCGGCCACACGAGCAGCUUGCUUGCCUUCACGCCUGGAGCUGACGACCACGGCCGCCGGAUCCUCUGUCGCGCUACCAAUGAGCGUCUGCCUGGCAGCGCAAUUGAAAAUGCGCUUCCACUAGAGGUUGAAUUCCCGCCCACCGUGCGACUGAGGCUGGUCGGUGGUUCGGCCGUGGAUGAAGGCAGAGAGGCGAGGUUUGAGUGCAGCGUGAAGGCACACCCUCAGCUGCUGGGACCUCCACGCUGGCUGUACGCGGGGCGGCCUUUCUCGGCCGGCAGGCAACACGUCGCAAGCAACGGCUCACUUCACGUACUGACGCUCCACGGAGUGCGUCGGUCACAGGGGGGACUCUACUCCUGCCUGGCGAAGAAUGCCAGAGGAACGGCGCACAGCGCAUCUGUACGCCUCCAAGUGCGCUAUGCACCGCGGUGUGCGCCCAACCAGCGGCACGAAUACCACGCAGCCCUGCACCAGGCGGUACUGGUGCAUUGUCGCGUGGAGGCUGAGCCUGCUGCCCCUACACUUUUUGGCUGGACAUUCGCCGGUGGCCCGCACGAGCAGGCCCUGACGUUGCUCGACCACACUCGCUCAGCUAACGGGCUCGAGAGCCAUAUACGCUACGUGCCCCGCAGUGAGCUGGACUACGGCACGCUCGCCUGCCUGGCUAGCAACCCUGUGGGCGUGGCAGCGACCCCUUGCUUCUUCUCGGUGCUUGCACCGGCGCCAAAGUGCAGUGUAGUCCAUCCGGGUCCUCGGCUCGCCUGCAUCACAGCGUCACCACUCGUCAACGGUGCCUCCCUUGUCGUCCAGCUAAAAGACCCACAAGGAGUGCUCCGGGCUUCUCUCAGAUCAGCGCAGCCCGUGAUUCUGCUAAAGGGUCCUGUGUUUCGUCACCACCUGCUGGCCACUGUUUUCAUGGUGAGCCAUUCGGGACAGCAAAGCUCAGCGUCGAUUCCGAUUCACUUGGCCCCGAAGAGACUUCAGGAGGACAACGCAAACGCAGGGUGCAACGAAGCUUCAGCCUCAUGGCUGGGCUGGACACUGACGAUUCACUUCGCGAUGAUUCGGAACCUCAACUACUAG